AUGGGAAGAAACAAAAUCGAGAUUAAGAAAAUCGAGAAUAGUACUAAUCGUCAGGUCACAUUUUCGAAACGCCGCGCCGGACUUCUGAAGAAAGCUAUGGAAUUAUCUGUCCUUUGCGACGUCCAAGUCGCCGUCAUCGUCUUUUCCGGCACCGGAAAACUUUAUGAAUUCUCGAGCAACCGUAUGGAGCAAAUUCUAGCAAGGUACGGCCAAGCUCGCCGAGCAGCUCCGGGACUUCCUACAACUAGCCGUGGUCCUGAGCAGAUGCAGCAAUCAAUGGCUCAGAUCACUGCUCUGCAGGAAGAAAUCCAACGGCUCCAAGUGCUCAACAGGCGUCUGAUGGGAAAAGAUUUGGAAGUGCUGAACUACAAUCAAUUGGAAAGCUUAGAGAGGCAGAUUACUGAAGGGUUACUGUCAGUGAAAAAUAUGAAGGCAAAGUUGCAGAUGGCACAGCUGGGAAAUUUCCGUGGCUAA